AUGAAACUGAUGCGGGAGCCUGAGGAUGGAACUCACGACCGAAAGUUGAUAAAAUCGCAAGUGGAAAAGCGCAGGAGGGAGAGGAUCAACCACAGCCUCGAGCGUCUGCGGACCAUGUUGCUGCAGGAGCCUCAACAGACGGGUGGUGCUCAGCGUCGAGUAGAGAAAGCAGAGAUCCUGGAGCAGACUGUGGUCUUCCUCCAGAGCAACCACAAACGGUCUGGAGGUCACAACCACUCCUUCCACGACGGCUUCUCCUCGUGCCUGCAGAGAGCUUCACACUUCCUGGGACCUGACGGGAAGGAUCUGGGACUCGAAGCAGCUCUGGAUGCGUCUUUAGCCGCCCGGCUCGCCAACCCAGACUCUGCAGGUCUCCAGAGGACGAGUGAAUCUCCAUCCUCCAGCUCUCUGCCACACACAAAGUCCAUUCUCCAGCUCCUGAAGCAGAAGUCCAGAUGGAACUCAGGUGUGAACAGUUCCUCUGCAAGUCCACCUCAACCUCAGAGGCAUCAUCUGCAGACCAGGACCAGCCCACAGAGCAAACAGAGUCUCUCGCAGAGUGGACCUUUCAGCAAGACUUUGUGGAGGCCCUGGCCUUGA